AUGUCAAAACUAUCAAAUAUAGACUCGGUUGACACCAAAUAUUCCGACAUUGCUCAGGACUGGAACACUCCCAUUACUCAUUCAGGCCAGUGGUUCAAAGACAGUUUGGGUCGAACUUUGCUCAUGAGAGGUAUUAACGUUGGUGGCUCUUCCAAGUUACCUACUAGCCCUUAUGCUGGUUCCACUCAUCUAUACGACGAGGUCUUGUUUUGGGAUCAUCGUAAUGUCAGUUUUGUCGGAAGACCUUUUCCUUUGGAAGAAGCUCACGAACAUUUUAGUCGGUUGCGUGCCUGGGGUUUGACUUUAAUUCGCUUCUUGGUGCCUUGGGAGAGCAUUGAACAUUCAGGCCCAGGCUCAUAUGACGAAGAGUAUAUCACUUAUUUACGCUCAUUAAUCGAAAUCAUGCCUAAAUAUGGAUUAAAAUGUGUGAUUGAUCCUCAUCAAGAUACCUGGUCUAGAUUUUCGGGUGGCUCAGGAGCUCCAGGCUGGACAUUUGAAGUAGCAGGUCUUGAUAUCAAGGCAUUUAAAGAAACAGGUGCUGCCUAUGUUCAUAAUACAAAUGCUGUACCGGGAGAUCCUCUUCCCAUGGUCUGGCCUACCAACUAUACAAAACUUGCUUCAUGCACCAUGUUCACACUCUUUUUUGCAGGUGAUACAUUUGCACCCAACAGAAAAUACCAAGGAAAGUCUAUUCAGCAAUUCUUGAAUGAUAGUUUUGUCAAUGCCUAUCAGCACCUAGCCACACGAUUGGUAGAUUUAGACGCUGUUAUGGGUUUUGAGUUUAUGAAUGAGCCUCAUCCAGGUUACAUUGGUUUGAACCAAUUAGCUGAAUUUGAUCCUAUUGUCAAUUUGAUCUUUGGUGAUUCUCCCAGUCCUUUACAAUCCUUUGCUUUAGGCGAUGGUAUUCCACAAACGGUAGGUGUUUACAUAAAGUCAUGGCCAUUCCCCACCAAAAAGUCGCACGACCGUGUGAUCAAUGGAUCCAAAACCUCUGCAUGGUUGGAUAACAAAUGUAUCUGGAAAGAACAUGGUGUCUGGAAAACUGACGAGGUUACAAAUGAACCCGUCUUGCUCAACUCUGAUUAUUUCUCGGUUCAUCCAGUGACAGGUCAAAAGAUUUCGUUCUAUGAUGACUUUUAUGUGCCUUUGGUAAAUAGAUAUGUAAAAGCCAUUCAGAGCGUAAAGAAUGAUUGGUAUUGUUUGGUAGAGCCACUCGCGAAUGAGAGAGCACCUGUCUACAAGAAGGAUGAUCAUCACCACAAUGUGGUAUUCUCUCCUCACUGGUAUGACCUUAAUUGUGUCUUUUACAAAAAGUUCAAUGGAAAGAUUACACAUGAUGUUCAAUGCCUUCAACGUGGUGGUAAUGUAUUAACUGCUACAUACUUUGGCCGCAAUGGAGCAAAGAAGAAUUAUCGUGGACAAAUUCAAAACAUUAAGCAAGAUGGAUUACGAGAUAUGGGAGAGAAGCCAUGUAUUCUUGGUGAGGUUGGUAUUCCUAUGGAUCUAAAUGAUAAAAUGGCGUUUGAGGAUGAUGAUUAUACCAGCCAUGUGAAUUUUUUGGAUGCAGUAAUUUACGCUUUGGAAACCAAUUUAAUCAAUUUUACGCUCUGGAAUUACGAUGUAUGCAAUGAUCAUGAGUUUGGAGAUCAUUGGAACGGCGAAAACUUUUCGGUUUAUUCGGUUAAAAAGCAAAAAGAGGAUUAUAUGGAGCAUGAUGAUGGCAACAGUAAAUUAUCCAAAAAGCAUUUGUAUGAUGGUGGAAGAGUAUUAGAGGCUGUUCUGCGUCCUUAUGCUUCCAAAAUUGCUGGUACACCAACUGGAUCCGAAUUUGAUUUAGAUAAAACUCAAUACACCUUUUCAUUCACACCCUUUACACAAGAGCAACAGGAUAAAUUACAAGAAGAGGGAUAUGAUGUAUCAGAUAAAAUGGCAUGUACGACUGAAAUUUUUGUACCUUACUUUCAUUACGGUGGUAAGGCCUUAAAGAUCCAAGCUAAUUUGGGUGAAUGCGAAUAUAACGAAGAAAAGCAAACGCUGUACCACACCUUUGAUCGGUCAACUAUUGCAAAAGACGCAACCAUUACUAUUCAACUAGAGAUUUUGGAGAGUCAGGAAAAGUCUUCAUGCAGUGUCAUGUAG